AUGGCUCAGGAGAACCAGACAGCAGGCAUCAUGGACAAGGCGUUGAUCACGACAAUCAACAAGCUACAGGACGCUUUCGCGACUGUGGGCAUUCAGAACCCCGUCGACCUUCCUCAAAUCUGUGUUGUUGGAUCUCAGUCGAGCGGGAAAUCGUCAGUGCUGGAAAACAUCGUUGGACGUGAUUUCCUUCCUCGAGGAACUGGAAUUGUGACUCGAAGACCGUUGGUGCUGCAGUUGAUUAACCGCCCUGCGACGGCGAAAGGGACAUCUAAGGUUGACGGCGGCGAUGACGUGAACGCCAAUACCGAUGAAUGGGGAGAAUUCCUUCACGCACCUGACAAGAAGUUCUACGAUUUCAACAAAAUCAGGGACGAGAUUGUUCGGGAGACAGACGCCAAGACUGGAAAGAAUGCUGGUAUCUCACCCGUGCCCAUCAACCUGCGCAUUUACUCUCCAAACGUCCUCACGCUGACACUGGUCGACUUGCCCGGUUUGACAAAAGUACCUGUCGGCGACCAACCGAAGGACAUCGAAAAGCAAAUUAGAGAUAUGGUUCUCAAGUACAUUACGAAGCCCAAUGCCAUCAUUCUUGCGGUCACUGCCGGUAACACCGACUUGGCAAACUCUGAUGGACUCAAAUUGGCACGAGAGGUGGAUCCCGAAGGUACCCGCACCAUCGGUGUUUUGACAAAAAUCGACCUUAUGGAUCAAGGCACGGAUGUUGUCGAUAUUCUUGCCGGACGAGUCAUUCCAUUGCGCUUGGGAUACGUCCCUGUCGUGAACCGUGGACAAAGGGAUAUCGAGCGAGGCAAGGCCAUUUCUGCUGCCCUAGAGUAUGAACGUGAGUUCUUCGAGAACCACUCGUCUUAUCGAUCAAAGGCACAAUACUGCGGUACGCCUUUCUUGGCCAGAAAGUUGAACAUGAUCUUGAUGCACCACAUUCGCAACACACUCCCCGAAAUCAAGGCAAAGAUUCAGGCCGCGCUUGUCAAGUACCAGGCUGAACUUGCCAGCCUUGGUGAUUCUGUGCUCGGUAACAGCUCCAACAUGGUGUUAAACUGCAUCACCGAGUUCUGCAACGAGUUCCGUACUGUUUUGGACGGUAACAGUCAGGAUCUGUCCAGUGUUGAACUGUCCGGCGGUGCGCGUAUCAGCUUCGUCUUCCACGAGCUCUAUUCCAAUGGCGUGAAGGCUGUUGAUCCUUUUGAUCAGGUGAAGGACGUUGAUAUCAGAACAAUCUUGUACAAUUCUUCCGGUUCUUCGCCUGCUCUGUUCGUGGGUACCACCGCAUUUGAAGUGAUCGUCAAGCAACAGAUCAAGCGUCUCGAAGAACCAUCUUUGAAAUGUGUGAAUCUCAUUUACGAUGAGUUGGCUCGAAUUCUCUCUCAGGUUCUGCAGAAGCCGCACUUCAAGCGCUAUCCCGCUUUGAAGGAGAAGUUCCACCAGGUUAUCAUUUCAUUUUUGAAGAAGUCUACGACUCCAACGAACAAGUUGGUUCAAGAUCUUGUUGCAGCAGAGGCAACCUACAUCAACACCGGCCACCCCGACUUUCUCAAUGGUCACAGGGCAAUGGCCAUUGUCAACGACCGCAUGAAUGGCCAAAAGCCCGUGCAGGUCGACCCCAAGACCGGAAAACCUCUACCAGCAGGUGUCCAGACACCCACCAGCUCCCAGUCUCUGGACGGAGAAGCUGCCGGUUCCGGAUUUUUCGGCAGUUUCUUCGCAUCGAAAAACAAGAAGAAGAUGGCAGCUAUGGAGGCUCCUCCGCCUGUCUUGAAAGCGUCGGGUACUUUGUCUGAACGUGAAGCCAUGGAGACUGAGGUCAUCAAGCUGUUGAUUUCCUCCUACUUCAACAUUGUCCGAAGGACGAUGAUUGACAUGGUACCCAAAGCUAUCAUGCUUAAGCUCGUCCAGCAUUCGAAGGAUGACAUGCAAAGAGAAUUGCUCGAAAACCUCUAUAAGAGUGACAUCCUGGACGACUUAUUGAAAGAAAGCGAGUACACCGUCAAUAGGCGCAAGGAAUGUGAGCGUAUGGUGGCGUCCCUGUCUCAAGCCGCUGAGAUUGUUGCAGAGGUAUAG